GAACGAUCGGUACAACCCACUUGUCUCAAUCAGAAGAAGUUUGAUCGGGUCUCAAUAUUCUGAUUGACAUUUUUAGGAGAAUUAUAAAAGAUGUGACUACACUGAUUGUACUCAAUGGGAAAGCGAGAAGACACAGCUUUCCUGUGAUCAUCAACACGUCAUAUAAUGUUUCAGCACAGGCUCCUCCCCCUGUCUCCAUCGCCCCCCUCACUCAACCUCUGCUUGGACUCUUGGACAGAGAGGCGUCUCACCUACUGCUGCUGGGACCGCGGAGGGGACGGGUGGAAGAUGGCUGACUUUUUAGCCGGGCACGGCGAGCCCUCGGCGGCAUCAAAAGCGUCAAACGGGCCGCUGAAAAGCCACAAAACAUCCGCCGUCUGGCGACUGUAAAGAGCUGCUUGUCGUAACCCCCCUCCUCCUUUCCACCUCACCGCAAAUAUUGACAGAAGUAUCAACGAGAAAAUAUGGCAGAAACGGAGAAAGAGGGCAGACCUCCGGAAAAUAAAAGAAGCCGAAAACCAGCUCACCCCGUGAAAAGGGAGAUAAAUGAAGAAAUGAAGAAUUUUGCAGAGAACACCAUGAACGAGCUGCUGGGUUGGUAUGGCUACGACAAAGUGGAACUCAGAGAUUCCGACAAUCUGGAGUUAAGCGAUCCACGGCAGCACAUCUCUGUCCUUACAGAAAACUUGCCAAAAAUUCCAGCUCCAAGAGAGAGCAACGAGGCUUCUCCGGAUCGAGCCAACAGCUCCCAGUCUCUGCCAAACACCAGGAAUGGAGUCACAGAGCCUUCCACCAUGCCAUUCACCUCCACAACCAGCACAAAGGAACAUGGCAACCAGUCCAUCACUGUCCCUGUGGCAUCUCUGCCACUGAUCAAGGGCUCUGCAGAUGAAGACGCAACCAAUAUUCAGAUUGUGUGUGCUUGGUGCCAGAAGAUCGGCGUCAAACGCUACUCUCUGAGCAUGGGAAGUGAGCUGAAGAGUUUCUGCAGCGAGAAGUGCUUUGCUGCUUGCCGCAGAGCUUAUUUCAAGAGAAACAAGGCAAGAGACGACGAUGGCCUCGGUGGGAAAUUACUCCAGCACAGCUUUACUCAGGACACGCCCAGGCUUGUCUUCAAGACAAACAGCGAUGUGCUUGUAUGUGACUGGUGUAAGCAUAUCCGCCACACAAAGGAGUACCUGGACUUUGGGGCUGGUGAACGACGGCUGCAGUUCUGCAGUGCCAAAUGCUUGAACCAAUAUAAGAUGGACAUCUUUUACAAGGAGACCCAAGCAGCGCUGCCUGUGGGUCUUUGUAAUCCAGGACUUGGACCUGAAGGGGAAGGUAAAGCAGAAUGCAGUGGAGGUGUACAGCUACUCACUCCUGAAUCCUGGGGAACGCCUUUAACGGACCUUCGGCAUAAAGCUCCUUCACCUGGAGGACCCAUCAACUCCUCAGCUCCUUGUACUUCUUCUGACACCUUGUCCUCAGAUGCUGUUUGCUCACCGUCCAAGAUAUCCACACCUCGAUCCCAUGAGAGCCCAACACUCCCACCGCCUCCGAUAUCUUCUUUGCAUCCAGCUGUUGGGGUUUCUCCUGGCAGCCCUCCAAUGGUGAUGACCCCCAGGGGACCAAUGCCUUUGCCUCUGUUUAUGGAACAUCAGAUGAUGCAGCAAAUCCGCCCACCAUUUUUACGUCCAUCUGUCCACCCAGGCGGACCCAACAGUCCCCUGUCAAACCCUAUCAUCCCCGGGAUUGGUCCCCCACCUCCACCUCGAACUCUUGGUCCUACUUCUGGCGCCAUGCAUAGACCCAUGAUGUCCCCUCAUGUGCACCCCUCGUCCAAUCCAAAUUCUGGUAUGAUUCCGCCCCAUCCUGGUCUCCACAUGCCAGGACUUCCCCCUUUUCCGCCUAUCAACAUGAUGCCCAAUGGGCCCAUCCCUCUGCCACCAAUGAUUAAUUAUGGCCUUCCAUCCUUAGCCCCAUUAGUACCGCCACCAACCCUAUUAGUCCCUUACCCUGUCAUCGUACCUCUUCCGGUCCCAGUUCCCAUUCCGAUUCCCAUCCCCUUCAACCCUAAAUCUUCCCGAGACCAACCAGAAAACAGUGUUCCUGUGUCUUCAGAUGUUUCAGCAUCUCUGCCAUCUCAAUUUCCAAAUCCUACUAUAGGAGAGCGUGACAAACAGCGACAAGUUCCUGGAGGUGUUGAGUGCCUCUCUCCUGGAUUCUCAGACAGAAACAGGUUAGAGGUGAUGAACAUGACUGUGAAGGUGGAGGACAGUAUGAAAAACAUGUGUCCAAACAAUGACAAUGGACUGCUGGAAGGCGUCAUUGAUUUAACUGUGAACCAGAAACCAUGCCAACAGCAUGCCAUUCAGAGGAUGGCACCUCAGGCUCAGGUCAAAGUGGAGGCAGAGGUUGAGUCAAGAUCACCAUUUGCUGGGCCGGAAAGGGACGUUAACGGCUGUCACGAUGUAGGAGAAGGGCCCGCACUACAGCGACCUCUCAGUCAUACUGAGAUGUUCGGAACCAGACAGUCAGACACACUGGAGAUAUCUGACUCAACUUCCCGCAAAAAAAGCUGUUCUUUGAAUGCGAAUGGUCUUGAAAAGGACGUCACCCUACAGCUUGGUCCCAGAACACCAAGGAUCCAACCCAGCCCUGCUGCCCCGUGUAAUGUCAUUGUUAAUGGUACAGGCUGGCAUGCGCUUCAUACUUUUGACUCUGAGAAAACAAGAGAUGUGGUCGCAACAGAAGGAAAGCCAGACGAGCAACCCGCAAAUGGAGAACUGGAGCGGGAAGCUCUAAAAGAGAACAAUUGUUCUGUGAGAGAAUGGGAACCUGUGAAGCGGGGCUCAACGCAAGACCAGAUGGAAGAGGCAACAGAGGGUAAGCCAGACCCUGACUCCAAUGUAGAGGAGGGUGAACAUCCCUACACCAUGCCACUACUGUCUACAGGGGGUUGCGUGGUUAUCCAGCCUGUGCCAAAGCCUGGCACUGAGAAGACAGCCAUCCUGUCCUGUUCCAUUAGUACACCAUUAUCAGCCACUGGCAGCCCUGAGCUUGGGCCUCCACCGAAGAGAAGGUGUCUGCGAAUCCGCAAUCAGAACAAAUGAGAUGGAUGCUCCAAGGACCGCUGUGCCAUCCACACCACAACCCACACCGCAUACACGCACACCAUCGUCCAAUCUACCAGCAUCACAAAUCGCCUUUGAAUUAUAUUAAUAUCAUAGAAAAGAUGACAGCUGUCCAUUCUUCCUCAUGGAAAGAUGGAUUUGAUGAACCAGUUCAUAGUCAACCCAUACAACAGGAACGCCAUUUUUUCCCACUACACACUGCCCCCAUGUACAGUAACUCCUAUUUGAAGCAGAUACUCUCUCUCCAUUGUCUCUUGUAUAAUGAAUGCACUAUAGUACAAAGUUUGGAAGUUGCGGUCCAACACUUACGACAUCCAUGCUGCGGUGUGACUGUAGCUUCACCCAAUCACAAACAUAAAAAUGUUGCCCUCGCUUCAGUCUGAAAAAAGUGCACUUGGAAACCUCAUAUGAAGUUCUGAUAACUAACCUUUUGAAUAAUCAUCAAUAUAUUAUGAUGAUAACAAACUAUAAUACACCAUGGAAUCGUGCACCCUGUCGGUGGCUCUCAUUUGUUUUGUCUUUGUGGGAUAUGGAGACGUAAUACAGACCCCUGCUGUUUGAGAACUGUGAAGGCAUGGCAGCUUAUAAUGGCAAUAUGCCACUGCAGGCUAGUACUUUUUCUAUAAUACAUUAGCAGUGAUGUUCCUGUCACAGGGCACUUUGAGACUGACAGGGCUGAGAGAAGCCAGCUUUUAUAAAUAAUCCCCAGGGGGCCUACAAGGGAAAUUGUUAAAACAACACACACUCCAAACAUAAACACAUUGAAGAUAAAUUGAUUUGGAAAUGGUUGCCACCGGUCUUGCCAAGCUGUUUCUUUAUUUGCCAGUAAUUAAAUCGAACUCACUAGCCAGCAUCAUCCUUGAUUCGGUUUCAAGAUGUUUUUGACUGUGACAUAAAUUCCUAUGGAUCCUUUUUGAUCGCAUUUUGUUGCACUUAAACCAGUCACCUUGGCGGCGUUUUGUUGAAGUUCAUUGUGCCUCUGGGAAUGCGUAUAUAACAUAUGCCAGUGUUAAAAAUAAGAAUUAUGUUGCCAAACUAAUAAGCACUUAUUUAAAAUAAAUACCCAUGGUGUGUGACAUCGUUAAGUCAUUGUUUUGUGACACGUUGUUCAAGGGCGAACCUUGUUCAGCAUUUAGUCGUACCUCUCCCAAGAUUCACACAUCAAGUCGUAUUCGUCUUCAUCCAGUAAAAUGCACUAAAUGUAUUUUUGUGUGUGGGAUGUGUGGGCGAGUUACAGUAGAUGCAAGCAUAAGUGGAGAUUGCAUAGUUCAACUUCGUCUGUUGCCUGUUAGUCAUGCUUUAAGCCUCACCUACCUGCUUGCUGAGGCUUUGUUUUGCUGACACUUAAAGCAUUUUCAUUCCCUAUUUCACUUCUCUCCAUCUACGGUGCCCCUAGGGGACAUGGGGGGAAAUUAUUUUGAAGAAUUUUUGCACCAAUGUUUAUGCGAUAAUGCAAUAAUAAUAUAUAUGUUUCACAUUGGGCAGUGGAAGUGCUUGCCAAACAGUAUGUCACAUAUACGUAUGUAACAAUAGGCGUUAAAGGGUUGUGUCAACAUUGAGGUUUAUCGGCUGAUAAUGGCCACUGACUCUGAUAAUGAUGUCAUUAGUGUAGAAACUUAGAGCAUGAAUUCCUGUCCAUGGACAAAUUUGGGGUCAUAAUAAGUUGCAAAAGUAUUAUGUUAACUCCCAAAAUUUUUUUCUCCCAUGUCCCCCAAGGGGGCUACGUACCAAUCAGUGUCAAUCACAGUGAAAACAAUCAUUUUCUAAACUGUGCUAUGUGCUAUACAAUAAAAGGUGGGGUGCACGGUGUGUACCCGUGCAUGCGGGUGUGGGUUUUCUCCGGGUACUCCGGUUUCCGCCCACACAACACAUUCAUGUUAGGUUAAUUUGUGUUUCCAAAUUGUCCAUAGGUAUGAAAGUCAGCGUGAAUGGUUUGUUUAUACUAUGUACCCUGUGAUUGGCUGGCAACCAGUCCAGGGUGUACUCCACCUCUCGCCCAAAGCCAUCUGGGAUAGGCUCCAGCAUACCCCCCUUAAAAAAGACAUGGUGUCCUGAGUGGAUGUAAUCAUAUCCACUGUCCUUCUUAAAAGUAAAAACACAUGUCUACUUGCAGACUUAGGUUACAAUACCCUGUUUUACAUUGUUUCUCUACUCAGAACAUUAAAACCUUGCAGUUCAAGCAAGGGAACUAAUCAGUUCCCUUGGUAGGUUUGAAGCAUACAUUCUGUAUAUACGGUAUUGAGCUAAAAGAUAUAGCUGACAAACAAACAGUAAAGGUUUUCUUACAAGGCAUGUUCAUCAAUCAUUAUUGGUCCUGCCAGGAUAAUGUUGGGAUAAGCAAUGAUAUUUACUUUAAUCACAAAUUGUACCUUUGCAAUAAAGACACACUCAGGUGAGUGUCACCUCUGUAUACAAGAUUAAAAAACAUGGUUAACAUCAAAAACACCCUGCAUAAGCUGGAAUAGGGAUGGACACUUAGUAGGAACACUUAAAAUUAAAGGAAAACUGCAACUCGUUUACAAAAACGUGAAACUUGAAUUUACAUGUUUUUCUCUUUUCUGUGUGUUCUAAAGAUACACAAACUUCGGUUUCCUCCCACAUUCCAAAAACAUGCUAGGUUAAUUGGCGACUCCAAAUUGUCCAUAGGUAUGAAUGUGAGUGUGAAUGGUUGUUUGUCUAUAUGUGCCCUGUGAUUGGCUGGCGACCAGUCCAGGGUGUACCCCGCCUCUCGCCCGAAGACAGCUGGGAUAGGCUCCAGUAACCCCCACGACCCUCGUGAGGAUAAGCGGUAGAAAAUUAAUGAAUGAAUGACUUUUGGUUGUGUCAUGAUGAAAAUUAGGCAAAAUGGAGUGCACUACAUGGCUGCAACCAGCAGAGGCACUGAUGGGUCAAGUCUUCUAUUCCUGUUAUAAUUUAUAGUAAAAGUCUGUUUCAAGGAACUCAUGGAAAUUAAAUUAGCUAUAGCUGUGUAAAGAAGUUUGAAUAAUAUCACCCUUGGUGUUGAGUCAUGAACAUGUACUGUAUGGAGAGAAUGAAAUGGAAAGAUACCACAAUUUCAUGCAUUUGAACACUUAACUUUGUCAUACAAGUGUAAAAAGAUAAAAUAAACUUGAUGUUGUGUGACCUGCUUGUUCCACACAGACACACAACAUAGGUUCUAGGUCAUUAUGCAACCAUUGAAAUAAUUUUUAUCCAAAUUGACAUGUGAUGUUGGAGGUUCUACGGUAGCAUAUUGGAUCUUAAAAAUAUGGGAAAAUGGGACUGUGUCCAAAUGUUGAAAAAUUGCACAGUCUGCAAUCUUUAUGCUGAUCUAAGCAGUGGCAGCUCAAUUCCUUCUAAGGCAAAUGAGGUUAUUAAAAUGUCUAAUGACAUUUCCACAUUUACAACAAAUCUUUCUCAACAUAUUUUUGGACCACCACCAUCCAUUGUCACUUCAUUUCACAGUCACAUUAUUGGUGAUGGAAUGUCUCAUUGAAGUCACACAGUCUGUUGUUUCUCCACUUGAACACAUUCCAAAACAUGAUUUAUAGUUAGCCAUGGUGCUAAUCUUCUGUAUUGUAAACAAAUGACACGCUGAAGACAUAAAAGCAUCAUCGUUAGCGGCAAUCCUGCAUCAAGGAAUCAUUAUUUGUGAUGUACCACAGUCAAAGACACAUCUCCGGGGUUCCUUUAUGAUGAUCACCUGCAAGUUGGGAGCACCAUAUGUAUUGCAAUGACAACCAACCCUUAAAGAUGCGAGAAAUCAAGUUUCAUCAAAAACAACAGAGAAGUUGCCUUAUCUCUUGCUUGUAUAACCUGUACAGUUACGACAAUGAUGCUCACGCUCCCUUCUUUGUACAAAAUGAAAUAUACCACAAACUUUGUUCUCUUCCUCGUGUCAAUGUAUGAUCAGCUUUUUCUGUAUCUUGUAUGAAUUCACACUUUUGCUCUCAACCCUCAUGCGGUCUCUGUUCCCCGAUAUCCGACCUGUCAACGUUUUACCUUGUGGUGGACUGUCAAUCUUUUUGUAUGAUAUUAUUUAUUGUUGACAUGUUUUGCAUUUGCAAAUAAAAAAAAAGUAACUCCAGCAAUUUAUUUCAAGGGAAAUGCCUGUAAAAGAGUGCAAUGCUUUUGUAAUUAUUCAAAUGAAGAAAACAAUAUGAUCAUUUUUAUUAUGAGGUUGUAACAUGUUCAGAACAUGUGGCCAAAGUUUGGAAAAUAACAUUUUUUGUGUUGUUACAAUAUUUGUUAGUGAAUUGCUUAUGAUGAAAAAAUAAAUGAGAAGCGCACA